CUCAGCGGCCUCUGUGCGCCUGCGCCGCGUUGCCGGGCGCCCUCAGGAGAAAAGACUAUCUAGUGAAGGGGUGGUGGCAGACGGGACUCCGGAAGCCCACCCUUCACCCGGAAAUGGUUGUUGAGAAACAUGGCGUUGCUGGUGCGAGUCCUUAGGAACCAGAUUAGCAUCUCCCAGUGGGUUCCAGUAUGCAACCGAUUGGUACUUGUGUCUCCUACACAGGGACAGUGGAGCAGGGCUCUGUCUGGUACUUCCCAGUGGUCCCAGACGAGCCAGCCCCUAGCAUGUGGUGGAUCAGAAGAGAUUCCUGGAGUAGACAUUCAGCUGAAUAGGAGGUACCACACUACAAAUAAGCUUUCCAAUAUCAAGGAUUCCCCACAGCCUGUUGAGGAGAAGGUUGGUGCCCUCACAAAGAUAAUAGAAGCCAUGGGAUUCACAGGACCUUUGAAAUACAGUAAAUGGAAGAUUAAGAUUGCGGCUCUGCGCAUGUACACUAGCUGUGUGGAGAAAACUGACUUCGAGGAAUUCUUUCUAAGGUGUCAGAUGCCUGAUACAUUCAAUUCAUGGUUUCUUAUAACUCUGCUUCAUGUCUGGAUGUGUCUGGUCAGAAUGAAGCAGGAAGGCCGGAGUGGGAAAUACAUGUGUCGUAUCAUAGUUCAUUUUAUGUGGGAGGAUGUUGAGCAACGUGGCAGAAUCAUGGGGGUUAAUCCCUAUAUCCUGAAGAAGAACAUAAUGCUUAUGACAAAUAAUUUCUAUGCAGCAAUCUUGGGAUAUGAUGAGGGGAUCCUUUCAGAUGAUCGUGGGCUGGCUGCUGCCCUCUGGAGAACCUUCUUCAACCAGAAAUGUGAAGACCCUCGGCAACUUGAAUUGUUGGUGGAAUAUGUGAGGAAACAGAUACAGUACCUGGACUCCAUGAACGGCGAGGAUCUGCUGCUGACUGGGGAGGUGAGCUGGCGCCCUCUAGUGGAGAAGAAUCCUCAGAGCAUCCUGAAGCCCCAUUCCCCAACUUAUAAUGACGAGGGUCUUUGAUGGGCUGGUCCCUCCGAACAGCUGGCCAGCUGGCUUUGAGGAACCGCCAGGAAAGAGGUGCCUUUUUGGCCCAGAACCCUGCAGGAAGUGGCCUGAACUCACCUUGAACAACAUCUGUCAAAUACCUGGCCCCAUCUGUGUUGAUUUUCCUCUUAGUGUGCCUAGGAGUCUGGUCUGGUGGGUACAGUGCUGGGAGAAUCCUUUGCCCUUCUGAGGUGUCCUCUCCCUCAAGAAAAGCCCUGAACCGGAGCUGCCCAGCACACACUGCCCAAGUCCCCUCCAGGAACCAUGUGAUUGAUUGACAGUUUUUCCCAAAGGCCACAGAAGGAAAUGGGGGUAGGUUAGAAAGGAGACACCCUCCCCAAGGGCCCACUGUGGCCUAGGAGCAGUUUGUAAUGCUGCUAUCAGGAUGGGUAACCACGCUCUGUCCGCCGGCUUUGAGCCAUGGGGUUGAGUUGGCCAUUAAAAGAAACAGAGACUUAGCUUUACCAUGGCUUUCCUUUAUUCCCGGGUCUUUUAGAAACUUAUCUGAGAUGGUGAAUGCCGUGAGCUAAGGAGCACAGCCCAACUGGGUUAGAGCAGGGAAGGGAGAGGGUCAGGAGGGUCUCUGCUGCUGCUUUUGCCUACAGUUCAUGGAGACGUCACUGUUCUGGCCAAGGCACAGCCUGCCAGGGCCCGUCCUCUGGGACCCAGGAGGCCUCUGAUGGCCAAGGGGCUUGUCACAUCCUGAGUCAUUUGGAAAGAAGCCUCGAGAGAAAGGUCCCUUUGUCACCUUCUCUGCUCCCCAUCCCCCAUUGAACUGGGUGAGGAACAUGCUGUCUUUCCUCUUGGCUCCCCCUUACAUGAGAUACUGGGGAGAAGAGAACAUUCUUCUAGGCUUAGUUCUGCCACCCAAGGACCCAGCCCCAGUCUUCUGCCCCCUUCCCAACUUCUGGAGCAUGUGCUGCAGAGCCACCUUGGUCCCCUCCUCUUGAGUAUGGGUCAUCUCUUGGAGGAUUUUCUUUAAAUUGAAGAAGGGGGGCGGGGAACCAUAUUGCCCUUCCCCCAUCAAACUUCCUUCAUUUAACUUGCUAUAAAAUGAGUCAUAUAAAGAAACUCUAUAUGGGUGAGGUAUAUCCCACUUCUGUGAAAACAUUACAAAUCAAACCGCCUUCUCUGAGUUUAUUUAAGAUGCUUUUGUUGCACGCGGAGCUCAAGAGUGAAGCCUCCUCUGUGUGUGUGAGAUAAUAACACCUUGUAACUCAUUACAGCUGGGCACUAUUUACAUAAACCAGAGCUGAGCCAGGCAGGAAUUUGCUGAUUAAUUUAUUUUUAAUGGAGUGAAGUAUACCAUGCACCAAAAUAAACUUUACUGUGUGUACCUAA